UAGACGUUUCAAUGAGAAAAUUAAAAUGUUUAACGGACAGUGUACGUCUCUUAAAAUCAAAAUGAUCCAGGCCUCCCACGCUCCCUGGGCACCGGUCCGCGGCGCGCCUUGCUCCCAGGCCCGCGAGGUCCGAGUCGAGCUUCGUCCCCGAGGCCAUGGAAGGGCCCAAGGACCCCGCCAAGCUCCGGCUCCACAGAGGGCGCUGAUGCUGGUUUGUGGUAAAAGUUUGCUCACAGCUCUGCUGCAGGCUCAGAGGUGGCCCUUUCAACCCUCCAGAGACAUGAGGCUGGUGCAGUUCCAGGCACCCCACCUGACAGGACCUCAUAUGGGCCUGGAGUCAGGGAAUGGUGAGGGUGUCAUGAACCUCAGUGCCUUUGACCCCACACUGCCCAAGACAGUGUUGGAGUUCCUGGAGCAGGGAGAGGCUGCUGUCUCGGUGGCAAGAAGAGCCCUGACUGCCCAGUUGCCAGUCCUGCCACGGUCAGAGGUGACGAUCCUGGCCCCAGUCACAUGGCCAGACAGGGUGGUGUGCGUGGGCAUGAACUACAUGGACCACUGCAGACAGCAGAACGUACCGGUGCCCAAGGAGCCCAUCAUCUUCAGCAAGUUCAGCAGCUUCAUCGUGGGCCCCUACGACGAGAUCGUGCUCCCCCCUGAGAGCCAGGAGGUGGACUGGGAGGUGGAGCUGGCCGUGAUCAUUGGAAAGAAGGGCAAGCACAUCAAGGCCACAGACGCCAUGGCCCAUGUGGCUGGCUUCACUGUGGCACAUGACGUGAGUGCUUGUGACUGGCAAAUGACAUGCAAUGGAAAGCAGUGGCUGCUGGGAAAAACCUUUGACAACUUCUUCCCGGGCCCUGCCUUGGUGACCAAGGACUCUUCUGCUACCCAACCCAACUUAAAGAUCUGCUGCCACGGGAAUGGGGAGGUGGUCCAGAGCAGCAAUACCAACCAGAUGGUGUUUAAGACAGAAGAGCUGAUAGACUGGAUCUCCCGGUUUGUCACUGUCUCUCCAGGGGACAUCAUCCUGACUGGGACCCCUGCAGGAGUCGGUGUAUUCAGGAAACCUCCUCUCUUCCUCAAGGUAGGCGAUGAAGUCCAGUGUAAGAUUGAGGAACUUGGUGUCAUCAUCAACAAGGUGGUGUGAUGGCCAGCAUGGACUGAUGAUGAGGCGGGGGCAUCUGUCCCCACUGAGCUGAGCACAGGGAGAGGCCUGGUGUCGCCCCUGAGGAUGCUUCUUCCUCAAUAAACUUUUAUUGUCUGUC